CGACAACAUAGUUUCUCCCACCAGCUCAAAUAAUUUUUGUUGGCGUUACUUUCUUAGUUGUAUCUAGUGAGUUUGUUGAUACGAAUUUAGUUCACAUUUUUAUUACAUCAAAAAACUUAAAUCUUUGUGGUACUACUAAAAAAUGGCUCGUACAAAGCAGACUGCGCGUAAAUCAACAGGAGGUAAAGCUCCUCGAAAACAACUCGCUACUAAAGCAGCAAGAAAAUCGGCACCUUCUACCGGGGGUGUUAAAAAACCACAUCGUUAUCGUCCUGGUACUGUAGCUUUGAGAGAAAUCAGAAGAUAUCAAAAAUCUACGGAAUUGCUUAUCAGGAAAUUACCGUUUCAACGUUUGGUUAGAGAAAUCGCUCAAGAUUUCAAAACUGAUUUGCGUUUCCAGUCGGCUGCUAUUGGGGCUUUACAGGAAGCGAGUGAAGCCUACUUGGUAGGUUUGUUUGAAGACACAAACUUGUGCGCCAUCCACGCCAAGAGAGUCACCAUUAUGCCUAAAGACAUUCAGUUGGCGCGCCGAAUCCGUGGUGAAAGAGCUUGAAUUUAUUAUUUUUUAAUAGUUACAUUUUGUCAUCGUCGUCAUUUUGCACCAUUGCAAUUUUUCAUUAAUUGUAGAUUUUCCUUUAAUAUUUAGAAUAUUUCCAUAAGUGUUUUUAUGAAAUUUUCUGUCUAGCGCAGUAGGGAUACAUUUUUUAUUUUAUCUGAUAAUUAAAAUGCAUUUUUGAUUAUGGAAUUUUUCAAAAACUUUUUCUAGACGAGAUCUUUACUUGACAGGCUGAAGUUUGUGGACGUGUAGUUUAAGGUUACAUUAGUAUUUCAUGUUUAUAAUUUUACUGUAGUAAUUUUUUUUUAAUAGGUCUUGUAACUUGGUACAUUCAAAUAGAUUUGUCACUAAGUGGUA